UAAAAUAUAUAUUCCCUAAGCUGGGAGAUUCUUCUCUUUUGGUGAAGAGCUUGAGCCAAAACCAAAACCAUGAAAACCCAUAGUCCAGUAGGUCGAUCGGUAUUCUGUUGUUAUCACUCUAAUCUCAGUUUGUUUCUCAAGAGAAAAUUUUGACUCCUUUCGAAAUCAAUCGCCUCAGUGCUUAUCCGGUCGAUUUUUUUCUGUGUUAUCUUCUCGGAUUUCGUUCGAUUUCCCGCGUUUUCUGAGCCCUAAUCUGCAGUUCCUCAGUUUCGUUUUGGUCGAAGGGAGAAAUUGUAUCGAGCUUGAGGAAUUCUAGGGUUUUGGGGUUUUUGAGUUUGUGGUUUGGUGGGUAAUGGAUUCGGAAGACGAUAUGCACGAUGCGAACGAUGUGGAAUCCCUCGAUGACUUCUACAGUGGCGAGACGGCGAUGGCGAGCGACGACGACGAUGCGGAUUACGAUUUUAAUGAUACGGAUGAUUCCGAUGACACCAUAUCGCACCGACAGCAGCAAAACUAUACUAUUUUGAGUGAGGCUGAUAUACGUCAACGUCAAGAGGAAGAUAUUUCAAUGAUAUCAACUGUGCUUUCCAUACCAAGAGUUUCAGCUAGCAUUCUGCUCCGCCACUAUAACUGGAGUGUUAGCAAAGUCCAUGAUGCAUGGUUUGCAGAUGAGGACAAAGUUCGAAAGGCGGUUGGCUUGCUGGAGAGACCAAUUGUUUACAUUCCAAAAAAUGUUAGAGAACUGACUUGUGGAAUCUGUUUUGAGACCUAUCCUCGUGAUAGAAUGAAUGCUGCUGCUUGUGGUCAUCCUUUUUGUUGCACAUGCUGGACAGGUUACAUUAGUACCUCAAUUAACGAUGGUCCUGGAUGUUUAAUGCUGCGAUGUCCUGAUCCAUCUUGUGGUGCUGCUGUUGGUCAAGAUAUGAUCAAUGUUUUGGCUUCUAACGAAGACAAGGGGAAGUAUUCCCGUUACCUACUUAGAUCUUAUAUUGAAGACAAUAGGAAGACCAAAUGGUGCCCUGCUCCAGGAUGUGAUUAUGCUGUAGAAUUUGUUGUUGGUAGUGGGAGCUAUGACAUUACCUGUAAAUGCUCAUAUGGAUUUUGCUGGAAUUGUACUGAGGAGGCUCACCGUCCAGUUGACUGUGGCACUGUGGCUAAGUGGAUUUUGAAGAACAGUGCUGAAUCUGAAAAUAUGAAUUGGAUAUUAGCUAAUUCCAAACCUUGUCCUAAAUGCAAGCGUCCAAUUGAGAAAAACCAGGGCUGUAUGCAUAUUACGUGCACACCACCUUGUAAAUUUGAGUUCUGCUGGCUGUGCCUUGGUGCAUGGUCGGAACAUGGUGAGAGGACAGGUGGUUUCUAUGCAUGUAAUCGUUAUGAGACAGCAAAGCAAGAGGGUGCGUAUGAUGAGACUGAAAAAAGAAGAGAGAUGGCUAAGAAUUCUUUGGAGAGAUACACUCAUUAUUAUGAACGAUGGGCAACUAACCAGUCGUCAAGGCAAAAGGCACUUGCAGAUUUGCAACAAAUGCAAGCUGUGCAUAUCGAGAAGCUAAGUGACAAACAGUCUCAGCCUGAGUCGCAGCUUAAAUUCAUAACAGAGGCCUGGCUACAGAUAGUUGAAUGCCGGCGAGUGCUCAAGUGGACUUAUGCCUAUGGGUAUUACCUGCCUGAGCAUGAACAUGCUAAAAGACAAUUUUUUGAGUAUCUACAAGGUGAGGCCGAGUCUGGGUUAGAACGGCUACAUCAAUGUGCUGAGAAGGAACUACAAAUUUAUCUAAAUGCAGAGGGCCCAUCAGAAGACUUCAAUGAGUUCCGGACAAAGCUUGCUGGGCUGACUAGUGUGACUCGAAACUACUUUGAGAACUUGGUACGAGCAUUGGAGAACGGUCUGUCAGAUGUGGACUCCCAUGGUGCUUGUAGCAGAACAGCGAGUUCUAAGAAUUUGGGAGGAAACAAAGCCAGAGGCGGAAGGGGCAAAGGAACGGCCUCCCGAGCUCCCAGUCGACUGGAUGAUUCAGGUCACUGGUCUUGUGACCAUUGCACAUAUGCCAAUGUUAAGUCUGCAAACACUUGCCAAAUGUGCCAUCAGCAUCGAUAGGUAAUGUAAUCUCCUUUAGUUAAGCAAGUGCCAUCCAUAAAAUUCCAGUGGUAUACUUGCUGUGGAGCACCCCUGAGAGGGCAUUACUUGUCAGACUAGUCUCGGUCCACGAAAAAGGGAAGGAAGCUGAUGGGAGAAAGGGAAGAUACCAGCGUGACUAGUGUUUCGUGUGGUUAAAGAAUUAAUACACUAUAGUACAUCUUACUCAAAAUUCUCUGUAUAUAAUUAUAUGAUUAUAUCUAUCUGUUAGCGUUUGGAAUGGUUUUGUUACAUGUAGUAUAAUAUAUGCAGACAUGGGCAAAUGGCAAUGUAUUACCUUUGCAUCUUUCCUGAUAAAUGCUCGGUAGAAAAAUGGCCAGCCUUUUGAA